UACGCUAUGGAUCCAUUGGUAAAAUGAAAGGAUUCUUGAUCCAAGAAGAUGAGGUUUAGUAUAAAAGAAAGGCAGAUUAAGGCAAAGAGUUGGUUAAGAGAUUAGGAAAUUGAUCAAACCCCGUACCCCACAACUACCAUUCGCCAUGUUCAUGUUCAAUCUUGACGAUAUCCAUGAGUUUGUGGAGGCCGCCUCCGUGAUAGCCACCCAGGCUCCAACAGGCGUUCUCAAAUUCUCACCGCAAAUGUUCUCCAUAAUGGCCACCGCCCUCCCACCUUCCCCUCGCUCCGUUCUGGCGCUCCAAAUCCGCCCUCAAUUCUUCCGCUCAUAUACCUGCACCUCUCAACUUGAAUACGCAUGGAUUUUCUUGAACGAUUUGCAAUUCACUCUAUCUGAAAUGGAUUGCAAUGGUUUUCCUGAAUUGCUCUUCUCUUCUACAGAGCCAGAUUGCGCGCACCUUACAUUCCGUCCUCCAGCUUCAAAUUACAAUUAUCGGCUAUAUAAGUUGCCACUCUGUCCUGGGACUGGGGAGAUGGACAUGGACCAAGAAUUUGACUGCACAACCUUUGUUUCCAUUCCCUCCGACUUCUUCAACGUUGUUUUGAACGUGUUCAUGGAUUGUUUUGACUAUGUUUUGGUUACUGUUACGGCCUCAUUGGCGCGCUUCUGCAAUGAUGCAGGGGACAUAGUUCUUAUCGCUCAGGAAAACCAAUGCAGUAUUGGAGGCGUUUCAUCAGAACAUCAAAUUCAGUUUCUGAUCAGUCUUAGUCCCUGGGCGUCUUUCCGUGAAUUGGCACGUCGAGCGGAGAGGGUUUGGAUAUACAAGCCCAAUACUUCUUCCUUUGGUAUAAUAGCUGCACCUGUUGGACUGCAUUCUCGAUUUUUGGCUUAUGUUCCUGCUUAAUCAAUAUGACAAAACUAUUCAUGCUAUUUCCCAUCCAAAUGUCUUCUCUUUUAGCA